ACUGCUGCCGACGCGUUCUGGAAGCUUCGGGUCGGCGGGGAAACGUUGGUGGUGCAGGUUCCAGGACGGGGGAAAGGAAUCCAUCUCCAUCGGAAGAUUGAGCGGGCAUCCGGGCGCAGACAUGCCGGAAAACGCAAGCACAAAAGGGGCCUUUCUGAAUGUGGCCACAGGGAACCGCAACUCUGGCGGCAAUCGCCGUUCUUACCAGGAUAAAGAUAAGCCCGCCCAGAUCCGCUUCAGCAACAUUUCUGCGGGGAAAGCGGUUGCGGAUGCUGUUAGGACAAGUCUUGGGCCAAAGGGAAUGGAUAAAAUGAUCCAAGAUGGUAAAGGUGAUGUGACAAUCACAAAUGAUGGUGCAACAAUUCUGAAGCAGAUGCAGGUUCUUCAUCCUGCAGCCAAAAUGCUGGUGGAGUUAUCAAAAGCACAAGAUAUUGAAGCUGGAGAUGGCACUACAUCUGUUGUGGUCAUUGCAGGUGCUCUCCUGGAUGCUUGUUCCAGACUUCUUCAGAAAGGAAUUCAUCCCACCAUCAUUUCGGAGUCAUUCCAGAAGGCAUUGGAAAAAGGCACUGAAGUCUUGACCAACAUGGGACAGCCUGUUGAACUGAGUGACAGAGAAACCCUCCUUAACAGUGCAACUACUGCAUUGAAUUCUAAGGUUGUAUCGCAGUAUUCUAGUCUCCUUUCUCCAAUGAGUGUUGAAGCUGUGAUGAAGGUGAUAGAUCCAACUACAGCUAGCAGCGUGGAUCUUAGAGACAUUAAAAUUGUUAAAAAACUUGGGGGCACAAUUGAUGACUGUGAACUCGUUGAAGGGCUGGUCCUCACACAAAAAGUGGCCAAUACUGGAGUAACCAGAGUGGAAAAAGCUAAAAUAGGGCUCAUUCAGUUUUGCUUAUCUGCUCCAAAAACAGAUAUGGAUAACCAGAUUGUUGUUUCUGACUACACCCAAAUGGAUAGAGUCUUGCGUGAAGAGAGAGCGUACAUUCUGAAUUUAGUUAAGCAAAUUAAGAAGACGGGUUGUAAUGUACUACUCAUUCAAAAAUCCAUUUUACGGGAUGCUCUAAGUGAUCUGGCUCUACAUUUCCUGAACAAAAUGAAGAUCAUGGUGAUCAAAGAUAUUGAAAGAGAAGACAUUGAAUUUAUAUGUAAGACAAUUGGAACUAAGCCAGUUGCUCAUAUUGAUCAGUUCACUGGUGAGAUGCUGGGAUCUGCCGAACUUGCAGAAGAAGUGAAUUUAAAUGGAUCUGGAAAGCUAAUUAAGAUUACAGGCUGUGCUAGCCCUGGAAAAACUGUAACAAUUGUGGUACGAGGGUCUAAUAAACUGGUGAUCGAAGAGGCUGAGCGUUCCAUUCAUGAUGCUUUGUGUGUUGUCCGUUGUUUGGUCAAGAAAAGAGCGCUAAUUGCAGGUGGUGGAGCACCAGAAAUAGAGUUGGCAUUACGCUUGAAUGAAUAUUCUCGUAUUUUAAGUGGCAUGGAAUCUUACUGUGUUCGUGCUUAUGGAGAGGCUCUGGAAAUUAUUCCAUCCACCCUGGCUGAAAAUGCGGGCCUUAAUCCGAUAUCCACUGUUACAGAGCUGAGAAACAGACAUGCACAAGGAGAGAAAACUGCUGGCAUUAAUGUCAGAAAGGGUGGAAUUUCAAAUAUCUUGGAAGAGCUGGUGGUCCAGCCUUUAUUGGUAUCAAUCAGUGCUCUCACCCUAGCUACAGAAACAGUUCGUAGCAUUCUUAAGAUUGAUGAUGUGGUGAACACUCGAUGAAAUGACUAAAGGAAGAGGCAGUACUCUAAACUAGUACACUAUACUAAGUUUGGAACUUGGCUCCUUUAUAGAGGCACUGCGUUAGACCCCUACUUAGCUUGCGGUUGUGUUCAUGUUCUGUCAAUCUAAGUUAAUAAAACCUCAACCUCAAAAAAC